AUGGCCAUGGACGCGCUCAAGAAUCUCGUCAAUAAGAUCCCCGACUGGCUGAAGCGCCUCGAUGACUUGAGCGGCCAGAUCGACCGCCGCCAGGCCGAGCUAGCUGCCCUCAAUCACGAACAACGGCCGUCGAGCACCGGCUCCAGGUCCCUGAGGAACAAGGGGUCUGCUGAGUCGCUCAAACCAAAAGACGACGGCCCUUUGCACACCGAUUUCGAUAUUGCACCGCUGCCGGGCCGCGCUGAACACGCUCAACAUGCCCACGAACCUGUCACCGUGCAGGCCGAGCAGGCGCUGCCGGUAAGCCCCGAGAGAGCGACCCGACUGGCGCUGCACAAAAAGGCACGAGAUGCCGUCGUGGCCGCCCACUCGCGCGCCUUGGCCCAAUCCAAGAGUAGGCGGAGGUCUACCUCGAUUAUCUCAGCCGAGGGUGCGCCCCCAACCUAUCGCACGCGAAGCCUGAUCAUCGUGUAUUACGACAGCUAUGUCCAGGGAUUCUUUGAUGAAUUGGUGAGAUUUACCUCCUCCGGCAGAAACCUGCUGCGAAAGGCAAGAAUGGCAGCCAAGGUGGCCCAGAUCAAGCGCAUGGCCGAGCUGGAAAUGCAAGAUGACGACAACGGCAGCGGCGACGACAAGACGGCCUCCGACUCGCUGCCAUCCCUGAGGUACAUGAGUACCCGCCGGCUGGGCGUCAUGUCCGCAAUCCGGAGGCCGGAGCUCGGCGGCGCGGGCGACGAUCAACCCCCGGAUAUUUUUGAGUGCCUUGACAAGAGUCUCGAGUUUGUGCAGAGCACCUGUGAGCACGGCGCCCACCAAUUUCUGAGAGAGGCCGACUGCAACGACGAGAUCAAAAAGAUCCAAGCAAGGAUGACCGAGGUGUUGAAGGCGGCAGAAAAGGAGAUGGAGCGCGUCCAACGCGAAGAUCCAGAGCUGGCCAAGGAAACCGGGGACGUGGGCAGAGCCCGAGCUCGGCGUCCCAUCAGCAUCAGGAGGGAACUGGCUGUCGGACUGAAGGGUGACGCUGAGCCGGAGAAAGACCCCCACGCAACCUCGGAGGUGUCCCGGGCGGAUCACAACAGGAACAACGUCGUUGAGGCCCUGAACCCGCCUGAAGUCGACACGAGCGAGGAGCCAGACGAAGGCAUCGAUGUGAUGCUCCCGAAGCUUCAAUACCGAUCGACUCGGUAUAUGCGCACCCGAGCUGGCUGA